AUGGGCUCAUUCUUAUCACGAAACGAAUUCCCUGCUGAGGGUAGAACUGUCUUAAUCACCGGUGGUUCUCGCGGCCUCGGCCUGGCAGCAGCAUGCCAGCUCGCAGCAAAAGGCGCCAACGUAGCUAUUGGCGCACGAGACCCUGAAGUCCUCAAAGAAGCCCUUGCACGGGUCGAAAAGUCUGCCCGCUCGCCAACUCAGCGCUUCUUCUCACUCACAGCCGAUGUGACCAAAGCUACCGAGUGCGCACGUGUCAUCGCGGAAGUGACUGCCUGGAACGAUGAUAGUCCGCCAGAUAUCGUGUGGUGCUGUAGCGGAAGUGCACAUCCUACGCUGUUUAUUGAUACGCCCAUUGAGCAGCUUCAGACCAUGAUGGAUAGCAAUUACUUCUCGAGUGCGUAUUUGGCUCAUGCUACGCUGAAUGCGUGGCUACGACCUGCCAUUGACGGUGUCGCCAAGAAGACUUCAGAGUCCAAAUCAUUGGCAUCUCGGCACAUCAUCUUCACCGGAUCUUUCGUUUCUUUGUACAGCUUCGCAGGCUUUACGCCCUACUCUCCAUCCAAAGCUGCCAUAAGAUCGCUAUCAGAUUCUCUCUCACAAGAAAUGAACUUGUACGCCGGUGCUCACCCCGAUGAGCCUCGCGUUCGCAUACACACCGUCUUUCCAGCGACGAUGCCAACAAAGUCAUUGGAUGAUGAGAACCGCGUCAAAACGGAUGUUACAAAAGCGCUCGAGGAGGGUGAUCAGAUCCUCUCACCAGAUGAGUGUGCGCGACGUGCGAUUGCGGGGCUGGAGAGGGGAGAAGAGCUGGUCGCGACGAGUACGAUCAUCAGACUUGUUAUGACGAGUGUUAUGGGCGGUGCGAUACGAGGAGGGUUUUGGACGGGAUUGGCGAAUACUAUCCUGAGUUGGAUUGUUAUGGUCGUGAUGGUUUUUAUUCGGUGGGAUAUGGAUGUCAAGGUGCGGAACUGGGGUAAGAAGCAUGGAGCGAGCGGCAAGGCGUCCGAGUAA